AUGUUAGUGACCGUCAAAGUGUUGUUUUUCGCUAAAUCGAGAGAAAUCGUGGGCCAAAAAUCCGCCGAACUUGACCUGCCGUCCCCCAUCUCCUACAAAAAGCUUUUAGAAACACUCGUCGGCACGUAUUUUUUGGCCGAAAUUGCCCAAAACAUUAUUCUCUCCCUCAAUGAGGAGUUUUGCGACGUGGAAAGUGUCGAAAUUGUGUUAAAACAGGGCGACGAAGUAGCAAUAAUCCCACCUCUGAGUGGCGGUUAG